AACGUGGGACUACGUCCCGAUCACCCAGAAAAAAGGAAAAGUAACGCAAGAAAGGAAAAAACUCAUGGUUGUGAUACACAGUCGGAAGGAGGGGGGGACAUUAUUUUACUAUUAAUUGGAUCGUCGAGAUUUUGUGACCACAGACUGCACCUGAUAAACUGUCGGUUGAGUUCUUCUGGAACGGACUGUGUGUAUUUAAAAGUUGGAUUUAUUCGAUUAACGUGAACGUUACAGCGGCGAAGUGCUGCUGUGCUGGUGAGAUUGGGACGGUGUGCAGCGCUCGGCUUGAGAGACCAACGCUGGAGUGUCCGGCACUAUUGCUGCGGGUCUUAACUUAUUUGCUAGUUACGUCUUCAACUGUGUAGUGGACAUUUUAUUACACCGUCAGAAGUCAUCGUGCAACGGUUUGAUAAGUUUCAAACAUUUUGGCAGCUACUCCGUUGAUCAACAGUUAAUUUGAAAGCGAUCCCAGGCGCACUGUGUCCUUUAACAUUAUGCGGUUGCAUGAUUUCAAACAUGUCACCAGACAUCCUAUCGAGAAAGUAGUUGUUUUUGCCCUGUAUGAACCCACUAAUUCAACUUGAAUUUAAGUUCAGAACGACAUACAGGUUCGCUGUAACAUCCUUUCGCUGGUUUAUCUGUGACUCACCUUUGAUUUUUAGCCCGCGUCGGACAACAGUGGAGAAAGUUGGACUGGGAACUUGUGUCCUACAUGACUGUGACUGGGAUGGAAAACGUCUUACUGCAACACAGUUGUUUAUGAUAGCCUCUGUAGUACAAGAAGACAAUUCAUGUGCUAUAAAAGGCAUUCAGUCUCUCCGAAGCUACAUUAAAAUUCCAGUUUGUGGGCACGAGAGAGAUCAGCGGCCGCGCUAUUAAUACUGGAUACAAAAUGGCGGCGUCCCCGGGACGUUUUGGAUAUCUUUCUUGUUGUGUUUUUUAUUUGAUUUUGUCGGUCGAACUAUUUAUCAGUUAUGGAUUGAGUUCAGACAUGCCGUGUGCCCAGAACUGUACCUGCAACGGAGAUUCAGUGGACUGUAGUAACCUGGAGCUGACAGCUACGCCUCUGGACCUUCCAGUCCGGACUGUUUCCUUGAAUCUUGGCCACAACAAGUUGACUGACAUCAAUGUUGAAGCUUUUGACAACCUUCCCAACUUGAAAGAGCUGCGGCUGGACCACAAUGAGCUGAUGUCCAUACCAGAUUUAGGACAGGCUGCUUCCAAGAUUGUAUCUCUCUACCUACACCAUAAUAAGCUCCGCAGUAUAGACGGCAGGCGGACCAGAGAGCUGGCUUCUGUGGAAACCCUGGACCUGAGCAAUAAUGGCAUCACUGAACUCCGAGGGCAAUGCUUUCCCGCAGGCCUCCAAAUCAGAGACCUGUACCUGAGCAACAACAAGAUCAGCGUGUUGGAGCUCGGCGCUCUGGACCAUCUGGGUUCGACUCUACAGGUCCUGAGACUGAGCCGAAACCGCAUCAGCCAGAUCCCUGUGAGAGCCUUCCAGCUCCCGAGGCUCACCCAGCUUGAGUUGAACAGGAACCGUAUUCGUCAGGUGGAGGGUCUGACCUUCCAGGGUCUGUCCAGCCUGGAGGUACUCAAACUUCAAAGAAACAGCAUCAACAAACUGACUGACGGGGCCUUCUGGGAUCUGGCCAAGAUGAAAGUCCUUCACCUGGACUACAACAGCUUAUCAGAGGUAAACAGUGGCUCCCUAUACGGCCUGACAUCCCUUCAGCAGUUAUUCCUUAGUAACAACUCCAUAGCCCGCAUUAACCCUGAUGGAUGGAAGUUCUGCCAGAAGCUGAGGGAACUGAAUCUGUCGUACAACAACUUGACUCGUCUGGAUGAAGGCAGUCUGGCUGUGCUAGGGGAUCUCCACACCCUCCGUCUGGCCCACAACUCCAUCAGCCACGUCACCGAGGGAGCCUUCAGAGGCCUCAAGGCCGUACGCAUCCUGGAGCUGGACCAUAAUGACAUCUCUGGCACAAUAGAGGACACCAACGGGGCCUUCUCUGGAUUGGACAACCUCAACAAGCUGACUCUGUUUGGAAACAAGAUCAAAUCGGUGGCCAAGAAAGCCUUCUCUGGCCUAGAGACCCUGGAACACCUGAACUUGGGAGAGAAUGCUAUUCGUUCCAUCCAGCCCGAUGCUUUCAGUAAAAUGAAGAACCUCAAAACCCUUUUCAUUCAGAGCGACAGCUUCCUGUGUGACUGCCAGCUUCACUGGCUGCCUGACUGGUUGGUGACACGGGGUCUGCAGGCCGGUGUCAAUGCCACCUGUGCCCACCCAGAGAGCCUUAAGGGCACCAGCAUCUUCCAGGCUCCGUCCAACAGCUUUGUGUGUGACGAUCUUCCAAAGCCCCAAAUCACAGUGCAACCAGAAACUUUGGUGACGGUCCUUGGUAGCGACGUGCGUCUCACCUGCACGGCCGCAAGCAGCAGCUCCUCCCCGAUGACCUUUGCGUGGCGUAAGGACCAGGAGCUGCUUCGCCAAGCCGAGACGGAGAACUACGCCCACGUGCACGCUCACCACCAAGGCGCAACAUCUGAUGUGCCAGGUGCAGGUGGAGGUGUGAUGGAGUACACCACUAUACUGCACCUGCGGCAUGUCACUUUCGCCCACGAGGGCCGUUACCAGUGCAUCAUCACCAACCACUUUGGCUCCACCUACUCCAGCAAGGCCCGUCUCAUUGUCAAUGUUCUCCCAUCCUUCGUGAAGACUCCCAGGGACAGCACCAUCAGAAUGGGCCACACAGCAAGGCUGGAGUGCGCCGCAGAGGGCCACCCGGCACCGCAGAUCGCCUGGCAGAAGGACGGCGGCACGGAUUUCCCCGCUGCCCGGGAGCGCCGGAUGCACGUCAUGCCCGACGAUGACGUGUUCUUCAUCAUGGACGUCAAGCCGGAGGACAUGGGCGUGUACAGCUGCACUGCCAAAAACACAGCGGGCACCGCCUCUGCCAACGCCACCCUCACUGUGCUGGAAACACCCCACCUGGCCCAGGACCUGGAGGACCGCAGCGUGGUGGUCGGCGACACAGUGGCCCUGCAGUGUAAGGCCCUGGGCAGCCCACCGCCACGCAUCACCUGGCUGCGCAACGACCAGCCGUUGCGCCCCUCCGACAGACACCACUUCACCCCAGGGAACCAGCUGCUGGUCAUCGGCUCGGCUUCGCUGGAGGACGCCGGCCGCUACACCUGCCUCAUGUCCAACACCCUCGGCACGGAGCGCGCUCACAGCCAGCUGGUGGUGACUCAGCGCCGCAGCACCUGCACAACAUCGGUGGGGCCAAGCACGGUCACUAUAGGGAUCAUAGUCAUCGCUGUGGUGACGAGCAUUGUGGUGACAUCGCUGGUGUGGGUUUGCAUCAUCUACCAGACCAGGAAGAAGAGCGAGGAGUGCAGUGUCACCAACACAGAUGAGACGAUAGUUCCUCCAGACGUACCCAGCUACCUGUCCUCCCAGGGCACGCUGUCCGAGCGGCAGGACGUGUGUAUCCGCGUGGAGGCCGGCGGUGGCCCUCAGCCCAACGGACACAUUGUAGACACCACGGGUUUCAACGGUGCAGUAGUGUGUACAGAUUGUAUGGAGAACGGCAGCAGCUACUCCAAAGAUUCCGACUACCUGACACACGGGUUUGGCCAUCCUGGAUGCAUGGAGUACCAACAACACUCUGUUCCCCCACCUUACUCUCACUGUCAUCCAGGGGAGCUGCAUGACACAGGGUCACAUUCAACCCGGUUCUGCAACGGGACACCCAACGGGAUCCGAAAGGACAUUCAAGGAUCCAUGUUUCCAAAAAGACACAAUACAUUACAGCUGGACCAACAAGAUAGAAAAGCGAGCAGAGGGGGACAAACACUGGUGGCCUCCCCAUCACAGGAGGACUCCUUCCACAAGCCGGUGAAGCUGGCCGGUGUAACAGGCAACAGCCGUCUAGAAAGUGACUGUGAGACUGAGCUCAGGCAGACUCUGCUGUCCAAUGGACACACCCUCAGAGCCUCUCAGAAUGAGAGCGCCCCCCUAAGGAGAGCCAGCGACUAGCAGGCGCUUCAGCCAGCCCAGAAGUGGACUCGCGGUUGCUGAGUGGACUUUUAUUUUUUUUGCACUGGGAAAUAAACUGCUACCUCAUAUCGAGGCGAUUGAUCCUGAGCCUCCUGGAUCUGGACUGAAAGGGAGUACCAGGAUGUGAAAAGGCAGGGGGCAUCCGGAGUUUGAAGGUGGAGCUUGUGUGGGUGGCGUCCCAUCUGAGCGUAUCAGCUGUAUAUAGUUAAAAACCUUCCUUUGGGAGGUGACCAAUAAAAAUUCUAGCUCCAAAAAAUGUGACUUGCAUUUGAAGCAUGUAAAUGUAGGGAAUCUUGUACAGUAUAUGUAUGUGCAGGGAGAAAAAAAGAGAAAUAUACCUUUGGACAUUUGACUGUACAUAAGAGUUUUCUUAUAUUAUAUAUUAUAUAACUUUUACAAAAAGAGUAUUUGAAUUUAUGUGCAUGACAAAGAAAGGAGUGAUGGUAUUUUUUUUUUUAUUAUUAAAAAAAACAGCCUUUUUCAGCUUCUACCAACGUUCAGCUGCGGUGCCUUAAUGCAUGAUCAAAGAAAACUCAGCAUAUAUCAAACGACUUUUUGUGAGAGAUUCUGGUACACUCUUUAUAGCAAACAAAACAAACACUUGAUUGCACUUGAAUGUUUUUUGACAAAUGGUGCCAACCAUGGCCUUACAGACACACCGUUCACAUUCAUUAUUAUAUGAAGGAAGCUUUGAUGUAAAUUAUUUUGGUACGCUGGAUGGUUCAAGCUAGGAUAUUUGUGGUCAGUUAAAGCACUUUUUUUAUUUACGUCAUAAACAAGCAUUUUGUGUACAUGAUAUCUGCCAAUAGGAAUGCAGCAACCUCCUCCAUGGGAGGAGACAUUCCACUUAUUUUGACACAGGAACGUCGACAGUACGUACUGUACCAUUAAGGCUCCUCCACCUGUUUCACAAUACUACAAGUUGCAUAGUACUACUACAUACUGCAAAGCUGCUCUGAUGUAGUUGGGGUGAAAAUAUUCUUCUCUGAUUCGGAUUAGUUUCUUAAUUUUUCCAAGAAACGUCGGCACAUGUUCACAACCCAAUGUGGUCAAACUAACAUAGGAUAACAUCUGUUCUAUAAGCUGUAAAAAGUCAGCGAUGAUCUCUGUUAUGGACACCUACCAUGUGUUCCUGGUCACAGCUCUGUGCCCUCGAGCACUGACAUUUAAUUGGCUGACUGCUUAAAUAUACCACUGUUAUGCUAUGAAUUUAGGGAAAGAUGGAGAAUCAGAGAGAAUGUUUUAUAGUGCUACUGCUGUAAUGUGCCUCAACAUCCACCGUUAAACGGCCAGUGUUCUGCGUCUGUCACGUCACCACAGUGUAACACUAACUUUCUCAUAUUCACUACAGUGGAGUAAUGUUUGAGGUGACUAAAGGUUCAAGCUGUGAACGGUCAGGAGGCUUGUGAAAUGUGCUCUAACCAAACUUGGAGGAUUAAUGCAGUCAGACGCUCCCCGGACUGUCACAAUCCCUGGAUACACUGGGUCAGAAUUCAGUCAAAGUAGUCACGUUGUCUAAUGUUUGCAGGCCAGUAAGCCCUUGUCUGAACUGUUGUGUUACCAGUGGCCUUAUCAAGGUAAACUGGAGGACACACUCCUCUGGUUACACCUGACAGCACCUAUCCGAGAUGAUAUUACCAGAAAGACCAAUCAAAGAUCACUGCUGGAAAACUAAUCCCAGUGUAGCAGGUAAAACGGACAAGAGGGAGAGAGAUGCAGUUCAUGUAUGGGGUAAUUUAUUGAAACAAACCGUUCGACAACGUUGUACCAAUGUCAAAGCUAAAACCGCAAAGUGUCUAACAUGGCAUUGAAGUGUCUAAUAAAAAA